AUGGAAGAUCAAGCUAAAGCCCCCCCACAAAUUUUAAACGUAGCAAAAUAUUUAAGGUCUACUGUAAAAACUCGUCAAGGAAUUUUGAACGGCAAAAGAGUUGAUUAUUUUAAAGGUAAAGCAGCUAUAAAACAACUUCUUAAAGAGUCAUAUUCUAAACAAAAGAACAUUCCUAAAAUCAAUAAUGAAAACGAAGCAAAUGGUGUGCUUGAAGAACUUCUUAGUUAUACAUUUUAUUUGAGAGCUGAACGAUCAGGUAAUGAAGGAAGUACAUCAUCGCCUCGAAUUAAAAAUUUAGGAAUAACACCAAUGCAAACAUGGAAAGAAGAUCAAUAUUAUGUAUGGUUUUACCAAGGAUCUCAAUUGAAGACGAUACUAAGUGGAUUGUUGUUGGUUUCUAUUGUUUUUCUUGCAGUAUUAUUUCCAUUAUGGCCAUCUUCAAUACGAAAUGGUGUUUGGUAUAUUUCUGUAGCAAUAUUAGGUUUGUUUGGAGUAUUGAUGUUGGUAUCUUUGUUUAGAAUGGUAUUGUUUAUAACUACAUUGGUCAUAGUACCACCUGGGAUAUGGUUAUUUCCUAAUUUAUUUGCAGACGUUGGGUUUGUGGAAAGUUUCAUUCCGGUUUUUGGUUGGGAAGAAAAGCCUAAAGAUCUUCGCACCACUGUUCAAGAUGGAGAUGAAGACGAAGAUGUGGAGGGGGGGGAUGGUGAUGAUGAUGAUUAUGUUAAUGUAAAAGAUGAUGAUAAUAAAAGGAAGGUUGAAUGA